AUGAGUGUUGCGAGGCGCUUUGCGACCAUUCCGGGACCCAAGCCACUUCCCUUACUGGGAAACUCAUGGCGUUUUGCACUCGGUCAGAAGCCAUGGCGAACUCGAAACUUAGAUCUUACUUUGUGGAAUUUACGAGCCUUAGCCGGCGCAGGGGGUGCGGCUAAAGUGGCCAAACUGUUUGGGCAUCCCGAUUUGAUAUUUCCAUUUUGUGCGGAAGAAACGGCAAAAAUAUAUCGACGUGAAGACUCUAUGCCACAUCGAGCGGUUGCUCCAUGUCUUAAACAUUACAAACAGGAGCUAAGAAAAGAAUUUUUUGGCGACGAACCAGGCUUGAUAGGCGUGCACGGCAUGCCAUGGUCAAAGUUUAGAUCUAAAGUAUCGAAAGCUCUUGUAGCUCCGGAAGCUGCAAGGUCCGCUGUCCCGUCACUAGACGACGUAGCCAAAGAUUUUAUCGCGAGAAUGGAAAUUAUUAUGGUUGAUCGAGAGCUUCCUGCAGAUUUUCUAACAGAACUAUACAAAUGGGCUUUAGAGUCUGUUGGGGCUUGGGCAUUAGGCACAAGAUUAGGAUGCCUAAGUGACAAUGAUAGAGAUGCCAAAGAAAUAAUAAAAAACAUACAUGGAUUUUUUCAUAGCGUCCCAGAACUUGAAUUAUCCGCUCCUUUAUGGAGAGUGUAUUCUACGCCCGCUUACAAAACGUAUGUUAAGGCAUUAGACUCUUUCAGAGCGAUUUGUUUAAAAAGACUAACAGAUAAAGGGAUUUGUGCUCAAAUUGCUAAAGUAUCAGGCGAGAAGGUAGCUACUAUACUGGCCUUAGACCUAUUAUUAGUGGGUGUGGACACGACGGCGGCUGCAGCGGCUAGCACUAUCUAUUUAUUAGCACGGAAUAAUAGGGCACAAAGGAGGUUACAAAACGAGUUGGACAAUAAACUACCUACAGGACGAACUCUUAACAGCAAAGAUUUAGACCAAUUGCCAUAUUUACGCGCAUGCAUCAAGGAAGCAUUACGGAUCAAGCCUGUCAUUUUGGGAAAUGGACGAUGCAUACAAACUGACGCCAUUAUUUCGGGAUAUGAGGUUCCCAAGGGGUCCCACAUCGUCUUUCCUCACUACAUUAUGUCUAAUGAAGAACGAUAUUUUCCUAGCCCACAGGAAUAUAUACCAGAACGUUGGUUAAGGGAAACUAGUAAAGAAGAACCCUGCGAUAAGCACGGGGAUCAUACUAAAAAUAAAUCUACAAAUAACAAUUCUAAUACAUUAUGUGAACAUGCUAAAACAUUUUCAGUUUGGAAAAAGCAAACCGAAAUAGGGAUCCACCCAUUCGCAUCUCUUCCGUUUGGAUUUGGUCGAAGAAUGUGUAUUGGGAAGAGAUUCGCUGAAGCGGAAUUACAGCUUUUGCUGGCUAAGAUGUUCCAUAAAUAUAAUGUAUCUUGGAGAUACGGGGAGCUAACAUACAGCGUAACGCCGACUUAUGUGCCCAACGAACCUUUGCAAUUUACAAUGGAUUUGAGGGAGAAAAACAAAUAU